UGCGCGGUGGGUCCCUUCCCUUCCCUCCCCCUUCCGCGCGCGCGCUCCUGAGAGGUUGGUUCCUUCCCGGAGGGUCGGAAGAGUUCCAACUGCCUGCGAAGUGGACGUGCUGGAACGCACAUUCGGGUCUUCUUGUCCGUCCGCCUGUUCGAGACUCCCAAAGAUGUCAACUCAAGGCCAUACCUGGGCCCGACAGGUGAAGAAGGAGGGUGAGGAAGAGGACCCCCUGGACCAGCUCAUCUCCCGUUCUGGCUGUGCAGCGUCCCACUAUGCAGUGCAGGAGUGCAUGGCCGCGCACCAGGACUGGCGACAGUGCCAGCCACAGGUGCAGGCCUUCAGGGACUGCAUGAGUGAACAGCAGGCGAGACGGCGGGAGGAGCUGCAGAGGAGGAAGGAGCAAGGCAGUGCCCACAGCUGACACCCCAAACCGUCUGUCCCCAGAGCAUGGCCUGAAGAAACUAGCACCCAGCGAGGUCAUGGGAGGAAGAAAUCCUAAACUGGAAGUGUGGGCCAAGAGGUAUAAAACUUGGGGAUGGUCUUUGGGACUGAGGUUGAGAGCCAGGUAGCCAUGGGUUUGCACAGGACUGCCAUCAAGAGCUGUCGGAUUUUCAUGGCGAGAUCCUAUACAUCCUUACCCGUCUUGUUGCACAAAUAUGAAAUACUGACCAAUAUUCACCAUGUAAAACACAGUGGGGUUAAGGGUUGCUCUGCUAACCUCCAUCUUGGAUCGGUGUGCCAAGUACUGAGCUGAUACGUGGACAUUGAAUUUUGCAAGUAUAUUUACAAUCUAAAGGUAAAUUGGCUAUCUAUUCAGGUCUUCAUUUCUUCAGUCUUUGGUUCAACAACAAGUUUUUCUGAGAACUUCUCAUGUUCUAGGCACUGUUAGAAGCUGAUGUGAUGAAUAAUGUGAUCUUUGCCUUCAUGUUGCUUAGUCUAGUUUGAGAGACAGAAAUAAAACAACAUUGGAACUAAUUCCUGCCCAGUGAUAUAAAUGACUUUAUCUUUCACAAGU